UGAACGGGAGAAAAACAGUGCCGCACUAACUGGACACGGGGGAGCCCAAACUGUGCCCACAGCCUGGGCCAGUGACAUCAGACGCAUAGAUUUAGGAGGUGUGUAUUGGCGCGCAAGGCUCGCUCGCUGUGCGUCUAGGAUCUCAGCCAUUUCGGGGAUCAAUUAAUUUAUCGGGGAAACUGUUAAAGCGAGGGAAGACAGAGGGGAGUCCGCUGCCUCUCGCGGAGCUGUCAUUUUCCCCCCCUCUGUGCGUACAUGUGUGGGUGCGCAGAAGGAUUAUCAUUACGCACGCUGUGCGGGAGCGCAGUUUGGGUGAUGCGUUCGGUCGAGAGAGGCGCAUCCGGGAGGGGUGAGCGUCAACCCGGGCAUUCAGCGGCAUAAUCGGCGCUCUGACCGGAGAAGUGGACCCGGUUGUUAUGGGGACAGCGUUUCUGCGCAACGCAGGAUUUCGACCCGUUGUACGUUACAUUUAUAUUUGACGAAUGCUCCGUCGAGUGAAAGUCAAAGAUGCGCGCCGCUGAACAAAGGAUUUAGGGAAAAACGAUAAAGAAAUCUCCGUCAUAUUAUAAUCCUUGCACCCCGUUGCGUUUUGUCUCUCUGCGCUUGGGCUCGCGUUCCUUUCAGUCCUGCCUUUGAGGACGACGAACACGGGCUGAAUAACCGGCUUCCUCUGGUCUGAAACCCGGAGCGUGAGGAAUCAUCUGGACUGAUCGCAUACACACAAGUCCAUGUGGAUGGAGAGAGAAUACGCAAACGCAACGAGGGGAGCUCGUUCCGAAAUGUGACAUUUUCUCCUGGUCCUGCCUCCCCUCGAACCUGGCUACUGUGCAUCCGUCUUCAUUCUAGACCACAUUUGUUUACAUCGAUCAAGAGAUGGCGCCCCCACCAGUCCUCCUCCUCCCUCUCCUGCUGCUAACCGUUGCUCGCCAUGUCAGCGGUCAAAAUCCGGGUGACCCGGAGACUCUCCCGAGGGGCUGCGGGUGGGGCUUGAUGCGCCCCUACACCCUCCUCUGUGACCUGGACUCCAUAUGGGGUGUGGCCGUCGAGUCGGUGGCCGCCGGUGGGACGCUGGCUGCCAUCUUGCUCGCCCUGGUCCUGCUCUGCCGCUUGCGCCACAUCAGCGAGGCCGAGAAGCGGAGCGGCGUGGGACCCAUCCUCCUGCUGCUCCUCGGGAUCCUUGGCCUGUUCGGCCUGAGCUUCGCCUACCUUAUCGAGCAGGACGAGUCACUGUGUCUACUUCGCAGGGCCCUCUGGGGCCUCCUUUUCGCUCUUUGCUUCUCCUGCCUGCUGGUUCAGGGUGUCCGUCUGCGCAGGCUGGGCCGGGAGCGCCGGAGCCCAGGCGGCUGCGCCCUGACGGGCCUGGCUCUAGGCCUGAGCGCCGUGCAGGGCAUCAUUGCCGCCGAGUGGCUGCUUCUGACUGUGCUGAGGGAGGGACGGGCUGCCUGUCAGUACCUGCCUCUGGACUUCUCGCUAGCGUGCAGCUACGUGCUAGCGCUCCUGAUAGCCGCGCUGACGGCCGCUUCCCUGGCCCUGUGUGGGAAGACGCGUCAGUGGCGCUGCAACGCCAUCUGGCUGCUCAUCACCUGCCUGAUGUCGCUGCUCCUGUGGGUGGCCUGGGUGGGCUUCUACCUGUACGGCAACGACUGGCUCGGCAGGUCCCCGGCUUGGAACGACCCGGCGCUGGCGAUAGCUUUAGUGGCUCAGGGCUGGCUGCUGCUGAUCUUCCACGCCAUCCCCGAGGCCCACAUCUGCCUGAGACCCCCGCCGCAGCCCACGGCCCCGGAUUACUUCGACACGUCGCAGAACUCGACGCGGAUGAGGGAGACGAGCUUCGACGAGGACAUCCCCUUAUCUCACAGGCAGUUCGUGGAGAACCAGGGCUACGGAUACAGCGACGAGAACACUGCAGGCCUGAGGAGCGGCGGCGCUGCCGGGCAACACAACAGCAACACCGGCGCCCGGCCCAGCGCUCCUUUCCGCAGCAACGUCUACCAGCCCACCGAGAUGACCAUGAUCCUGAACGGGGGAGCGGUGAGUACAUCCGCCCAGGCACAGGUGCCCUCUGCCCCGCCCACCUACACGGGGAGGCAGCUGUGGUGAGCGAGCGGUUUGGAAAGAGGAACGCGUGCUAGAAAAUGAAGAGGAGAAGAAGAAGAGACGGUGAGGAGGGGAGGGGUCCGGGACGAGGGGCCUCCCCCAUCGCGUUGGAUUGGACUUAACGAGCACGGAGGCCUACGGGGCCCUCUCACCCUGUGUACAGACUUCAACACUGACUAUGUGCCAAUCAGCUCCUGUAUGAGUGUGUGCGAGACUGAGAGAGUGAAAGACCGAGUGGGGGGGGGUUCAUGGAGGACAGAGCUAAAGCCUUUCUGCCGCACAAAUCCCUAAAGAAGAAAUGUGACCAGCAAAUAGCAAAACGAGACAACUGAGAUCUGAAAAUAACAACCUGCAGUAUUCCUUUUUUUUUUUUUUUUUUUUGAAGGGUCGGGGAACGUGUAUGAUUAGCUCCUCUUGAACACUUAACAGGCCUCGUAGGCAUCCUUGAAAACUGUGAAGUCUUUUCUGCUGCUCUUCGCGACACUGGCACUCAGAAGGAAAGACUUGGCUCUGUCCUCCAUCCAUCCACACUGUAGGCGAAGGCAGAGCACACGGGCAACUGUGCAGCCCUCGUAGAAAAGGAAAAAAAAAAUAGCCUCAGUGGGUGCGUGAGUUCAGCAUCUGAGAGGAAAGAGCGUGUGUGUGUGUGUGUGUGUGUACCCUACAACUCUACCUACAAACCCUCCUUCUCCAGACUGUUACACCCCCGCUCCCACACCCCCAGCCUUUAUCCUCCCGCUUCCUCUUUCUCUGCACUGUCUGUGAAUACAACACUCUUCUCACCUCGCGUCAUCCCACCACCUGCAUGGACACCUCGCAAACUGUGAAGAACCCUGAACUUGCGAAGCCAGAAGAAGUUCCCAGCGACCCGCAGACGCAACAAACGGCCCCCCGAGACGGACGGGACGGUCGCACGCCGUCAAGACGGAGCAGGGGCGGGUCGCGAUUGGACGAGGAGCGCGUCGGUCACGGGGCGGGGAGGUUCUCCGCUUCACGAAUCUAGGUCAGACUGCUGCGCUCUCCCACGUCUCCGGUGGCCACCGGCGGUUUGAACCAGCCAGGAGAAAAACUGUCACUUUGUAUCAGCAGGAAACGGAGCGAGGAAAUGAAACGGUGUCCCUCUCUGACUUCCUCCGGGUCUGUUCGCUGCGAGAGUACGCGAGGGUUGGGAUGUCGUGAGGGGCAGGGGAGGGAGGGGGGGGUCAGAGUUCAUGUUGCAUUCUGGUGCUAAAUAUUCCUCCACGUAACUCUUUCCAGUGAGGCACAGAAGAGUAAAAAAAAAUAAAUAAUCAACACUUGUAUAGAUACCGUAGUCAAACUGUGAGUGACAGAGUAUAUCUAUAUAUAUAUAUAUAUAUAGAGCUGCGGCUGGUGUGUGGAGAUAUCCGAGAGCCUUAGAGAGAUCAGAUUUACAGUGCAAGGUAGGAAGAGGAGGAUCAAAUGGAAAAGGGAAGAGAAGGAGUGGCGGCGGAGGCAGGAGAUAGCGCAGUGAAUUAUCUGUGACUUCCUUCGGCCAAUCUGUGUGAGAAAAUGUCUCCCCGCGGAGGACGGCCGUGUCCCUCGGCCCUGUGUGGUCGUCUUCUUUAUCUAGUCUCGCCCUCCUGUUCCUCCUCCUCCUCCUCCUCCUCCUCCUCCUCCUCCUCCUCCUCCUCCUGUUUCUGUGGUCGGCUACAGCUCAAGUCCCUCGUGCCAACUUGGACUACAGUUUCACCGGAGUCUCCGCUUCACGCCCCCUUUCCCCUUCACCGUGACACCAGCUCUCUCCUUCACCCAGGAAGCUGUGUACAUAGUAGUGCUGUAAAGCUUUGCUUGCUUGUUUACUUUUGUCCAUUUUCUUUUCUUUUUUUAACCGUAUGUGCGGAGGACUGAUACCUGCAAACAGAAUUUAUCUUUUUUUUUUUUUUUAUGGUUUGCUUUGUGUUCAUACAGUACAUUUGCUCGUUUUUACAUUAUGCUUUUAUUUUCCUCCUGCCGGUGUCUUUUUUUUAUGAUUAUUAUUUUAAACUAGCAUUUUGGAAAUGUUUUGCCAACACUAGACGCUUUUACGAUUAUUACUUUUUUGUUCGUUUGAUCGAUUAACGGGAAAAUUGCGUUGCUCCUGCUCUCAGUGUAGACAGUGGUCCACUCUCGGCUGUGAAGGGGAUAAAAAAAAUCACACUUAUUUUGAACGUUUCAGAAAAACAACUAUGGCUGUGAAUAAUUUUGGCACUUCAUGCAGUAAACAGUGACUUAUUCUGUGAUACUUUAGGGAUAACUAUAAAAAGCAUAGCAGGGGAGGGGAGGAUAAACUAAUUUUAAAGCCCACCAAUAGUCAGUCUGGUGAGCUUUGAUGUUAAUGUCAAUCCUCGGCUAAGUAAAGACUCCGGGGGUCAACCCUUGACUGCUGCUCUACGUUUAUGUCUUACGCACUGGCUGUUCUAAAAUAGGACUGGUACUCGCGGGCCAGCCUCAUGCCCAAAGAGAGCUUGUAAGCGCGAUGCACAGGCUCUGUUUGGGCCUGCUCCGAAACAGGCUCCAGGCCUCCGAUCCAUGCAAGAAGAGCUGUCCUCAGGGUUUCGGAUGGUCAGUGGUAAAAAAAAGGGACAAAAGCUCCUGAAUCUCAACGCUCGAGAGCUGAGGGGGAGAGGUGUCGAUUCUCGUGAUGUUUUCACUCAGUGUGGAGUACAACAAAAAAAGAAAAGAAAAAAAAGAAGAAGAAAUAACAUGAUGUGACUUAGUAGAUUUUGCACUCGUCGACUACCUAUCUGUGCAUGCUUAUCACCAUUUCUACAUAUACGACCUUUCUCAGACGUACUUUUGAAUACUAACUAUUUAUGUAAAGGUCAUGUGACAGCAAUCGUAAUUUCAGUGUAUAUCAGAUGACACACUCGAUGUCUGUGCUUUCUUAAACACAAAAGAGAGCUGGUUGGUGAGAAGCGAGGAGGAGAGACUAAAGGCAGGGGAAAUGGUCCAGAAGAGUCCCAGGAAAGGAACAUAAUGCCAUCGUCAUCGGACCUAAUAAUAACUUCCUCUAUUGGUUUGCGGACUCAAGGGUAAAAAAAAAAAGAAAAAAAAGGAAAAAAAAGAAAAGAAAAUCCUCCGGCUGAUAUUGUCUCUGUGUUUAAAAUCAAAUAGACUGUGGUGAAAUUUGCACAAAAGCUUAAGUGUUGAGUUCGUCGUCCCCCAGGUUGCCCAUUUGAACACCCAUCCUCCCUGGGCUGACAUGUCCUUGCCUGUCCUCUCCUGAUUUGUCUUGCCUUCAGACUGUUCCAGCGGGGCAGCUGACAGGGGUAAUAUUGGUCUGCACAGCUAUGACUGUGCAGGGACGCAGCAUGCCUAUGUAUAGAACUUGAUUCCCCUGAUCAGAAAAAAGAAAAAUAAACUGUUAACUCUCGUUUCUGUAACUGAUUCAGGAAAAAAAAAGUUCAAUAAACGUGUCAUGUUUGUAGUUAACUUUUAA